CUGUGCUGCCAGGAUGAAGCGGUUGAUCCUUUUAAUGUUCUGUGUUUGGCUGGCCAGUGGAUUGCAAAGAAUUGCCCUGAGAAGACACAAAUCUUGGAAAACCAUGAGGGAACGUGGCCAGCUAUCUCAAUUCUGGAAGAGAUACAAGGUGGACACGAUCCAGUACAUCCAGGAUUGCUCAGCUUUCCAGGACACCAAUGAGCCACUGCUCAACUAUUUUGAUGUGGAAUAUUUUGGACAGAUCUCCAUUGGGAAUCCUCCUCAGAAUUUCACUGUGCUUUUUGACACUGGUUCCUCCAACCUCUGGGUGCCGUCCGUCAACUGCGUCAGCAAAGCUUGUGUUCAACAUAACAGAUUUAAUCCAUCAGACUCCAGCACCUACAAAGAAGUGGGAACUUCUUUUUCAAUUCAUUAUGGCACUGGUAGCUUGACAGGAAUAAUUGGAAGUGAUCAAGUGACUGUUGAAGGACUCACUGUAGCCAAUCAGCAGUUUGCCAAGAGCGUCAAUGAGCCUGGCGACACCUUUGUGGAUGCCGAAUUCGAUGGGAUCCUUGGACUGGCUUACCCAGCCCUGGCAGUGGAUGGGGUCACCCCAGUUUUUGAUAAUAUGAUAGCCCAAAACCUGGUGGAACUGCCACUAUUCUCUGUGUACAUGAGCAGGAAUGCUGACUCUUCUGCAGGAGGGGAACUGACAUUUGGUGGCUAUGAUCCUUCCCAUUUCAUUGGAAAUCUCAACUGGAUUCCAGUCACUAAGCAGGGAUACUGGCAGAUCCAACUGGAUAAUAUUCAGGUCGGUGGGACAAUUGCAUUCUGCGCAGAAGGAUGCCAAGCUAUAGUGGACACAGGGACCUCUCUCCUCACCGGUCCUUCUGAGGAGAUAAUGAAAAUGCAGAAACUAAUUGGGGCAGAGCCUGUGGAUGGAGAGUAUGCCGUAGACUGCAACAAACUGAAAGAAAUGCCUCUUGUCACUUUCACACUCAAUGGGAUCCCGUAUCCUCUUAACCCAGAGGCCUACACCCUUGCGGAGUCUAGCGAUGGGAUGGCACAGUGCAUCAGCGGCUUCCAGGGCUUAGACAUGCAAACCCCGGAUGGGCCACUCUGGAUUCUGGGAGAUGUUUUUAUUGGCCAGUAUUACUCUGUCUUUGACCGUGGGAAUAACAGAGUGGGCUUGGCUCCUGCUGUCCCUUAA